AGCGGCCGUAGCGGCAGCGGCAGCGGCUUACAACUACCACGCGCCCGGGAGCAGCGGAGGCCCGCGGAGCAGAGGAACAUCGCGCAGCAGGAGCAGCCCGGCCUCCCAGUCCCGGGCGGCGUGGCCCGCCGGUCAUGGCCAAAGGAGAGGGCGCCGAGAGCGGCUCCGCGGCAGGGCUGCUGCCCACCGGCAUCCUCCAAGCCGGUGAACGCCCGGUCCAGGUGAAGAAGGAACCAAAGAAGAAAAAACAGUUGUCCAUUUGCAACAAACUUUGCUAUGCAGUUGGGGGGGCCCCCUACCAGGUGACGGGAUGUGCCCUGGGGUUCUUCCUGCAGAUCUACCUGUUGGAUGUAGCUCAGGUGGAUCCUUUCUCUGCUUCCAUCAUCCUAUUUGUGGGCCGAGCUUGGGAUGCCAUCACAGAUCCCCUGGUGGGCUUCUGCAUUAGCAAAUCCCCCUGGACCCGCCUGGGCCGCCUCAUGCCCUGGAUCAUCUUCUCCACGCCCAUGGCCAUCAUCGCCUACUUCCUCAUCUGGUUCGUGCCUGACUUCCAACAGGGCCAGACCCUGUGGUACUUGCUUUUCUACUGCCUCUUUGAGACUCUGGUCACGUGUUUCCACGUUCCCUACUCAGCUCUCACCAUGUUCAUCAGCACGGAGCAGAGUGAGCGGGAUUCUGCCACUGCGUAUCGUAUGACCGUGGAGGUGUUAGGUACAGUGCUGGGCACAGCGAUCCAGGGGCAGAUUGUGGGCCAGGCGGAUACACCUUGUGUCCAGGCCGCCAAUGCGUCUACAGUAGAUGGUGUCAAUUACACACAGAGCACCACCUCGCUCAAAGAAACGCAAAAUGCAUACCUGCUGGCGGCAGGGGUCAUUGCCUCCAUCUAUGUCAUCUGCGCUGUCAUCCUGACCCUGGGUGUGCGGGAGCAGAGAGAACCCUCCGAGACUCAGCAGGCCAAACCAAUGCCCUUCUUUCGGGGUCUCCGGCUGGUCAUGAGCCAUGGCCCGUACAUCAAGCUUAUUGCCGGCUUCCUCUUCACCUCCUUGGCUUUCAUGCUGGUGGAGGGGAACUUUGCCCUGUUUUGCACCUACACCUUGGGCUUUCGCAACGAAUUCCAGAAUCUGCUCCUGGCCAUCAUGUUCUCAGCCACAAUCACCAUCCCCAUCUGGCAGUGGUUCCUAACCCGGUUUGGCAAGAAGAUGGCUGUAUACUUUGGGAUCUCAUCAGCAGUGCCAUUUCUCAUCUUGGUGGCCCUCAUGGAGAGUAACCUGAUUGUCACAUACGUGGUAGCUGUGGCAGCUGGCAUCAGUGUAGCAGCUGCCUUCUUACUGCCCUGGUCCAUGCUGCCCGACGUCAUUGAUGACUUCCACUUGAAGCAGCCCCACAUCCAUGGGACUGAGCCCAUCUUCUUCUCCUUCUACGUCUUUUUCACCAAGUUUGCCUCUGGAGUCUCCCUGGGCAUCUCCACCCUCAGUCUGGACUUCACCGGGUACCAGACCCGUGGCUGUUCCCAGCCGGCACGUGUCAAGUUCACACUGAAGAUGCUGGUGACCAUGGCUCCCAUAGUCCUCAUCCUCAUAGGCCUGCUGCUCUUUAAGCUCUACCCUAUCGAUGAGGAGAAGCGGCGGCAGAACAAGAAGGCCCUGCAGGCUCUGAGAGAAGAGGCCAGCAGCUCGGGCUGCUCUGACACAGACUCUACAGAACUAGCCAGCAUCCUCUAGGGCCUGCAGGGUGACCUGAAGCCACUAUGCUCAGGGCCUGGGUCACCAGGCCACAUGAGGAAUCCAGGCCAGCUUGCCUGCUCCCUGAACAGCUGGUCUCCAGAUGCCAGGAAGGGGACCAAAGACUCGAGUAAGCGACCCAGGACAUCUCCUGUGCCCAUCGUGAGGCGGGCUGUUUGUAUAGCUGCCAGCCUCCCUCUGCCUGCCCCUGGGGCCACUCCCAGGAGCUGCUACUGUGAAUAUGCCAAGGACUGAUCGGGCCUAGCCCGGAACACUAAUGUAGAAAAAAAGUUUUAUACAGAGACUAAUGAAUAACUUAAUGACCGUGUGUACAUAGCUGUGUAUGUGUUUUUGUAUAUGUCUGUGAGCUAUUAUUAAUGUUAUUAAUUUUCAUAAAAGCUGGAAAACAGAGCUGCCUGUUUUCUGUCUUUGUCCUUGGCUACCCACUGAACCCUUCUGUGCCAAGAUGCAGAGAGUGAGAAGGCGCACUCAGCCCCAGGUGCCCUGGGUGGUGAGAGUGUGUGUGGAGGUGUCAUAACAGCAUCAGCUAACGUUUACUAAACACCUGACUGUAUCAGGCCCAGGUGUGGAAGCUUUCCUCACACUUUGCUGAUGUUCUCACUUAAUCCUGGAAACCAUCCUGCUAGGUCAGGACUGUCCCCAUUUUAAAGAUGAGGAAACUGAGCCCUGGUGUUGAGAGGGAUUUGGCUAAACUCACACAGCCAAGAGAGACCUAAUUGGAAUAACGUGCCGGGUCUCCAGUGCCUUAACCACUACCCGCUGCUGCCCUGUGUCUGAGAACGACCAGCUUGCUCUGCUCAGGCCUGCAUGCUCUACUUCCCACCCUUUAUGUGCCUGAGCACCUGGGGCUGGCUGUGCUGGGGCAGACUGUGACUGGGGCCCUGCAGGGUCCCCGGAGACCUGUGAUUCUUUCUCCACCACUGCUAAUGACAGUGUUGGAAGGUGGAAUGUACCUAGCUGGGUGUAUGUGUUGGUGGUGGGGAAGGUCUAGUUUGUAGCACCUGCCUAUUUCCAGGCUGUAAAUAUUCCCACUAUAGCCAAUUUCAAGUUACCAGUAGUAGUGCUAUCCUGAAAAAUUGCUGAAAAUUCAGUAAUUGGCCCUUAUAAGCUGGUAGGAACUUGCCUUAGCAAGUCAUUGGGUUCAUACAGUUAGGUAAAACUCCAAAAAAUCAGGAAAGCAACACUGGCAGGAUCAGAGGCUACCAAUCCAACCUCUUUAUUUUAUAUAGAUGGAUAAAUGAGGCCCAGAGAAGAGAUAUGCUUAGACUAUUUAGGCUUGUUUUUUACUUUGGGUUUGGGACUCUUUUUUUUUUUUUUUUUUUUUUUUUUGAGUUGGAGCUCCAUUUUUUGGAUGUUCUACCCAGCCACUUUUAUAAAUUUAUAGUGUUAAUAACAGGCACUGUUACACAUGCUUAAUAAAUGUGAAUUUAAUUAGUCCUCAUAACUUCCCUCUGAGGUAGGUACAUGAUUAUCCCCAUUUUACAGAUCAGGAAACUGAGGUACAGGAAAAUUAGUAAGUGGAGGAUCUGGUAAACCACUGCUUUAGGCGGUUAUGUGAACCAAUAAUUUUGCCACCAUGAAGCCAGUUCCCACUGCUGCCUUUGGAGCUGCCCUCAGGGUCAGAGGCUGCUCUUGCCUGACCUCCAUAGCUGGAACAUUCAAGGACUCCUGAGAUGACAUUUGCAGAGGUCCACUCAUACCUCCUUUCUCCCUUCACUCCGGUCAAUAACCACCAAAUCCCAUCUUUAAAACAAAUUUCCUGAACCACCUAAGCUUGCUUCUUUCCCAUUCCUGCAAUUGCUUCUCAGAUUUUAUCUUCUCUCACCUUGGAUAAUUAUACCAGCAUCCUCUCUGGAUGACUGUCUGAUUUGAUCUCCUCAAAUCAGAUUUGAUUCCUUCUGCAAGAUGUCCAAGAUAACCCAGUAGUUUUCCUGUUUAGAAACCUCAAGUCCCCAUUGUCUUCAGGAGGAAAUCCAAGACCUCUGCCGACUUCCCCAGCUCUAGAUUUAGAUGCAGCCCUUUCUGCAGGCCACCUCCCUGGCCCUGGAACACACCUCUGGCCCCUAGUCCCCCUGGCAGACACUGGUCCAGCAGGUCUUGGCUCCAGCAUGCCUCUCUUUGAAAGCUAUACCUGCCCCCUGCAUCUCUGGGACAGCUCUGGGAAUCCAUGCCUUCCCCUCGUCAGGCAUGGAGGGGAGGGGAGGGGUGGAGCACGUGGAGCUGAGUGAGUGAGCUAAGACUGGAUAGGGCUUUGUCAGACAGACCCAACGCCCACUGACCCGCUAGGAGGCUUCCCCGGUCUCAGUUUACCCCACCUGUACCAUGGGGAUUUGGGAUUGAAAAUUGUUGCCUCUCCAGUUUUAUGUUCACAGAAAGUUGUUCUCCUCAAAGACCCCUUGCUGACUCUAGGUGUGGUUUAGGAGGUGGGAUAGGUGGAGGGACAUGGGGAAGCAAUCUGGGAUCCUAGAGACCCCUUGGAUCAUUGGCUGUUCCAGGUCCCUUCUGCACAGCUCAUACUGUCCUUUGGGAGCUGCUGCCACCUUGACUUCUUCUACACUUGAAUCCAGCAACACUGCAACAAACCCUGCUCUGCCUAUUCUCUGUCCUGCUGCCCUUAGCCAGGCAAACCAUGUACCCCUCCACUCCACCCCUGCUGAGAACCAGAUGUGGCUUUGACCCCACCUGCUGGAAGAAAGGGGAAGCACCUUUUAAGAUUGCAAAGAAGCAUUUCCAGAUCUGUCAUUGACUGGCUCUAGGACCUUGGCUAUCCAUUGAUGGAACAAGUAUUUAUAAUGGGCCUACUAUGUGUCAUGCAUUGACUAGGCUCUGAGGAUAGAGUGGCGAACAAAACAGAGCGUACAUUCUUGGUGGGGACCAAUGACAAACAAAUGGACGUGCAAGUAAGAUAAUUUUGGAUUGCAAUAAGCACCACAAAAGAAACAUGCAGGGUGCUCUAAUUGAGGGGAUGACACAGAGGUUAUUUUAUUUUAUUUUAUUUGGAGGUUAUUUUUAAAUCAGGUGCUCAGGAAAGAAUGUUCUGAGAAAGUGACGUUUGGAUCAAAUUACAGAGGAGGAGAAUUGGCCAGACAUUUGAAGAGCUUGGGGGAAAGCAUUGCAGGUAGAGGAGACAGCUAGCCUAAAAACCCCGAGGUAGGAAAGAGCCUGGUGUAUAUGCAGUACUGAAGGAAGAUGGUGCAGCCAGAGCGACGUGAAGGAGAAGGUAGGGGGUGUGAGGUGGGUUUGGAGAGAUAUAGAGGAGCCAGAUCACCCAGGGCCUUGCAGCCUACAGUGAGAGUUUCAAUUUUAUUUUGAGAGCAGCCAAAAGCCAUUGAAGAGGUUUAAACAGAAAAUUGAUUUACAUUUGUAAAAAAGCGAAGGCAGAGGCAGAUGGCACAGGGCUUUGUGAGCCAUGUUAAGCGCUUUGGUCUUUAUCCUAAGAGCAGACAGAGCCACUGACAAGUUUUAAGUAGGGGAACCAUUUGCUAGAUCAAGAGUUUAGAAAGACCGCAUCAUCUGCUUUGUGGAGAAAGGGCUGAAGGAAGUGCAAGUGGAAGCAGGAUGACCAAUGAAGGGACUGCUCUUGCAAUGUUCCUGGGUAAUGAAAAGUACCAGAUGAGACAGAGGUGGUGGCAGUGGAAACAGAAAGAAGUCAGAUUUGGCAGCUAUUUGGCCUGGAUAAUUGACAGAGAAAGGGUGAAAGUGCGAGAGGGAGAGAGAGAAAUGCAGGUGAUUCCUAGACUUCUAACUUAGGAAACAAGGUGGUGCUUCUACUCCAUAACAGAGGAGCACUGGAAAAGGAGCAAGCUUGUGGGACAAAACAAUGUGUCACCUGUUUGUAUCAUUUUCUUGUUUGUUUUUUAAUAAACUAUUUAUUUAUUUAUUUA